AUGUGCUUACUUCCUGCAAAAAUAUCCCUCGUGGAAGCCCGUGGAGCAAAAUUUGACGCUCACGUGUCUGCUAAGCACACUCAAAAACACUACAUAUACUGCGCACCUCCAAAACGUGUGCCUGGAGCAGCUUGGAAUAAUUUGAGCGAGCGGGCAAGAGAAAUUUUCAUUAUACAAUGGAGCCUCUCAAUGGAACCUCCCAAUGCAGCUCUCAAUGCACUAUUGAGUAGUAACAAAGACUGUAGUCUUCAACAGAAUAGUGCAAUUCAUUCACGGCACCAGAACAAAAAGGCUGUCACGGCAGAAUGA